AUGAGUGAGUUGAUCCACAGGGUCAUUGACGAUGAUAAGGGCGUGAACAAAAUAGUUCUCGAACAACCAGAGAGAUUGGAUUGGAUACGUUCCGUGCCGCCCACUCCCAUCACACCGUGGUGUGUACUAUCCGGCACCUCUGACUGUUCGGAUUACAGAUCACAAAAGUCCUUAUUUACUGACGUGCUACAACCGACUGUUUCAAAAAAGAAAAUCGUUUAUAUAGACGUACAACCACCUUCAUUUUCAUCCCUCGAUACUCUCUAUAAACUUCACACCUUGCAUUCUUCCCCAGCGAUGACCGAACAAAAUUAUUGCGAUUGGCGUGUCGAAGUCUACGGAUGCGUGAUGUCCAACUUAUGGGUGGGCGAGGCGACCGUCUCGCUCAUCAGCUAUGCCCUCCUCUCUUUAACUGGCACCUUUGUAUUUUGCUACCGCUACAAGUACAUGUGGCAAGGACUCUUCGUUGAUCACGGAAAUGGUAUUCGCCCGUUGCCCAUCGAUUGUCUGCUGUUCUUUUGGACCAUUGGAUGCUACUUCCGGGGCCUACAUUACCUGCUGAUGUUGCUCAAUGCCUACACCCACUAUUGGCAGCGUGAGAUGUUACAGGAAAGUGGGUGGACCAUACUCUGCUACGGUGCCGUUUGUUAUAUUGUUGGGGUCAUCUACACCAUCCCCGCCAACUACACACACGGGGCACGCGCCGUCAUAAAGAUCGAAAGCAAGAAGUCCGAACCCCAGAAGUACUCCACCUCUCGGGACAUCUACCUUCCGACUCCCACUCAAUUAAACUGGUUACUUGCCAUCUGGUGUCUGUAUCCCACAUUAACCGUCUUCCCCUUCUCAAUUUUGUCCGGUGCAUCCCGGGAUCACGGUGAUAUCGCCGAGUCGAAUAUGUGGACGGGUGCUCAUUACGUUGCCUACUUCAUUCACGACACCAUCCUCGCCCUUUCCGGUGCCUACUACGGGAUAAACUUUAUGCUGAUCCUCCGAAGCUCCAUGAAACAAUUUAACCGUUCCUCCUCCACCUUCCACCGAAGUAAGAAUGGUACCCGUGAGGCACUUGAUCGACUCAAGUACACCAUGACCUACAUCGCUGUGCUUCCCCUCAUCUCCGGUCCGUGGUGGGCAAUCUAUGGAAUUUAUCAUGAUCGAAUCAUCUCCUCGAUCAACGGGGUGAACCUGUUCUUGUCGUUCAUGUGGAACAUCGCCGGAAUACAACCGUUGAUCGCCGUGGUGCAAUAUGUGCUGGCGAAACGCGUAUACCUGCACUACACCGGACAGUUAUCAAGCUCGACGAAUGAGGUCUCCUCCUCAACGCAAUCCACCACAUCACCCGAAGUCACCGAUCACAGAGCUGCAUUGAACAGAAACCCGACGACAGUCGUCAACGUUAACACCGUGGUCAUGACCAGGACCGACAACCAAUCGACAUCGUCAAGAGAUUCGAUGACAUUCGUUGGCGGCAGCGAUAACUCUUCGGAAGCGGAUUAUGACCACAAGAUUGACAUGAAAUCAUUGAAUGAUGGCAAUAACUCCCGGGGACAAGAAUUAUCGGUGCAUUUUCGGAACUCCGAGGGGGUGUAG